AUGGAACUUCCAGGGAUUGGAUGGGACUUUUGGGUAGUGAGACUAGCAUUUAUAGGCAGCAGGCAGAGCAUCCCAGCAGCCAGGCUUAGACUUCCGUGGGGAGAGCCAGUGCCUGGUUUCCAGACAGAAGGCAGAAGCAUACAGGCAGCAAGUUCAGAGGGGCAGGAGCGGCUCAUCUACAAGGGAAUGUGUGUGGGUGUCCAGGCUGCAGGCUGGAGCAUCCAAGUGGUGGGGCCAGGUCUGCCUUGUGGUGAGGCUGAGGCAUCCAGGCUGUGGUCAGGAGUGUCCAGGUAUUUGGACCAGGUCCUCCACGUGGUGGGUUCAGGGGUUCAGAUGGUGGGCCUCCAGGUGGACCUCCUGUGUCCCCCAGGCAGAGUGACCAGGAAGGCUCCAGGCAAGUUAAUUUAUGCAGUAACUGCACUUAAUUUGCCAUAUCCAAUUCUUUUCUGGAGAUUGAAGACGUCUUGCAUGCUACCAAACACAAGCUAUUACUUACUCUCAUCUUCUGAAAGAAUGUCAGAGAACACCUCAAGUUUAAAUGGACAUUACAAACCAGUUGUUGAAGCUACUGUUAAUUCCAGUGCUACCUACUUUUCUAAUUUAUCUUCCCAAACAAUUUCCCAUUGUUGUUUUUGGAGUGAGAAACAUAAAAACUGCUCUGAACAGGCAGUUGAGGAGACUUUUUUUUCAGUAGUAAGUUUUUUGCCUUUUAGAGAAAGAGGUAUAAAAUGGAAAAUACAGUACUGGAUGAAAAAGGACUUGGAAUUAUUCAUCUGUUACAUUGGGUUAGUUAAUUUUUUCAAGACUGAUGACCUUAAGGUUCAUGCAUUAUAUGUUAUAUCGGAAAUAUUAGAUGAUUUAUCUCUACCCCCACCAAAAAGCAAUUUUACGACUGUUCAGUGCAUCUGCGGUAUUGUUCAAUGUUGUGACUGUCGUAUACCUGUGUCAACAUCCAACCUCAACUCUACCUAUCAUAUGCUUUUGGAAAUCACAGCUGGUGGAGUAAUUUUUCAAUCACCUCCAAUUUCAUUUCAGCCCAUAAAUAAUUUUAAGCCUGAUCCACCUUCAGAUGUGCAUAUGGAAAUCACAGACAGUGGUAACGUCAAGAUUUCUUGGGCCAGCCCAACCUCAGUACCAUUUGAACUGAAAUAUGAAGUGGUAUAUGUAGAAUAUACUGCCAGAAAGGAGAAAAAAGAUACUAAGAUUGUCUUAACUACAUCCUUGGAAGUGGGCAGUGCGCUUCCUAUGACUGUAUAUGAGGUCCAGGUUCGGGCUCAGAGACUGGAUGGCCCAGGAUUUUGGAGUGACUGGGCCGACCUUGAUAUGUUUAUCACAGAAGACGUCAUAUACUACCCAUCUAAAAUUGUGACAAGUGUUGGAUCUAAUGCUUCUUUUCACUGCAUCUAUACAAAUGACAGCAAGAUUGUUUCUUCUAAAGAUGUUGUCUGGUGGAUUAAUUUGGCUCAGGAAAUUCCUGAAAGACAGUACAGCAUUAUCAAUGAUCAUGUUAGUAAAGUUACUCUUUACAAUUUGAAUGCAACAAAACGUCAAGGAUGGUUCGACUUUGAUGCAUUGUACUGCUGUAGUAAUGGAACUUGCUCCCAUCGCUAUGCUGAGUUAUACGUGAUCGAUACCAACAUCACUAUAUCAUGUGAAACGAGUGUAAAUGUAACUGAAAUGACUUGUAGAUGGUCACCCAAUACAAUCAAAUCACUUGAGAGAAGUACUUUGCAGUUGAGGUAUCAUAGGAGCACACUCUCUUGUCCUGACUCCCCGACAAUUCAUCCCAUAUCUGAACCCAAAGAUUGCCAUUUGCAGAGUGAUGGAUAUUAUGAAUGCAUAUUUCAGCCAUUCUCUCUAUCAUCUAGCUAUACAAUGUGGAUUAAUGUCAAUCACUCUUUAGGUUCAUUUGACUCACAACCAACAUGUGUUGUUCCUCAGACUGUGGUUAAACCCCAGCCUCCAUCUAGUGUGAAAGCAGAAAUUACUACUCACUUUGGAUUAUUAAAUAUAUCCUGGGAAAAUCCUGACUUUCCAAGGAAUAAACUUCAAUGCCAGAUUUGCUAUGGUUUAAAUAAAAAAGAAAUACAGUGGAAGGUGGUUGAGGUGAAUGAUACAAAUUCAAAGUCGGCCAGUCUUGUGGUGUCAGACCUGUGUGCAGCCUAUGUUGUUCAGGUGCGCUGUAAGAGACGAGACGGAGUAGGAGAUUGGAGCAGGUGGAGUCCUACAGCCUAUGCAGUUGUCGCAGACUUAAAAGUUCCUACCAGGAUACCAGAAUUUUGGAGAAUAGUUAAUGAAGAGGCUUCCAAAGCAGAGAGAAAUUCCACUUUAUUUGAGAAUCUCUACUGUCUAGAGCACGGCAUCCAGCCUGAUGGCCAGAUGCCAAGUGACAAGACCAUUGGGGGAGGAGAUGACUCUUUUAACACCUUCUUCAGUGAGGCUGGUGCUGGCAAGCAUGUGCCCAGGGUGGUGUUUGUAGACCUGGAACCCACAGUUAUUGAUGAAGUUCGCACUGGCACCUACCACCAGUUUUUCCACCCUGAGCAGCUCAUCACAGUAUUACCAUUUAUUGGUGAUAAACACUACCUUUUACUUACAUUCCAUGGGGAGAAAAAAAAUUUCCAGCGUAAACAAGAAAUCAAAGCGGUACUUAACUUGCAAGACUCCUGUGCGUAUCUGGCCCAGAUGCAGCCCUUCCUGCACAUCUGUGCACAAUCAAAACAGCAAAGCAACAGUUUUCUACAGAAACACAGGUCAUUCUUCUCAGCCCUCCAUGGAGAUGUAGUUAACAGUAUAAAGCACUCAAGGAAAAUCAACCUGCAGUUAUCUAUGGACUACAUGGGAACAUCUCCUGUAGUGUGGUGA